AGAUGGCUGUCGUUCCAGAGAGCAGGGUUCUCACGUUCAGCGUUUUUAAAUGGAGCUCGUACUCCUCAACGUAUUUACCCGAGAACAUUUUGGUGGACAAACCUAAUGAUCAGUCCUCCAGGUGGUCAUCUGAGAGCAACUACCCUCCACAGUUUUUAAUCUUGAAACUGGAGAGGCCGGCGAUCGUUCAGAGCAUCACCUUCGGGAAAUACGAGAAAACGCACGUCUGCAACCUGAAGAAGUUCAAGGUGUUCGGAGGCAUGAGCGAAGAAAACAUGACUGAGCUUUUGUCCAGUGGUCUUAAGAACGACUACAACAAAGAAACAUUCACCUUAAAGCACAAGAUCGACGAGCAAAUGUUUCCCUGCAGAUUUGUCAAAAUAGUGCCUCUGAUGUCAUGGGGUCCGAGUUUUAACUUCAGCAUCUGGUACAUUGAGCUGCAUGGUAUCGAGGAUCCGGAUGUAGUGCAGCCCUGCCUUAACUGGUACAGCAAGUACAGAGAACAGGAAGCCAUCCGCCUUUGCCUCAAACACUUCCGUCAGCACAACUACACAGAGGCCUUCGAGUCCCUGCAGAAGAAGACGCGCAUAGCACUUGAACAUCCCAUGCUCACCCACCUGCACGACCGGCUGGUGCUGCAAGGCGAUUUCGACGCCUGCGAGGACCUCAUAGACAAAGCCGUGAGAGACGGUUUGUUUAACCAGUAUAUCAGCCAGCAGGAGUACAAGCCCAGGUGGAGUCAGAUCAUCCCCAAAUGCAACAAAGGUACAAGCGCGCAAGAAAUCAACAGAGACGACAUGAACAGCGAUGGCGAUGACAACAGGCCGGGAAUGAGGGGAGGACAUCAAAUGGUCAUUGACGUUCAGACUGAGACCGUGUACUUGUUCGGGGGCUGGGAUGGCACGCAGGACCUUGCUGACUUCUGGGCUUAUAGCGUUCAGGAGAACCAGUGGGUCUGCAUCUCCAGGGACACUGAGAAAGAGAGCGGGCCGAGCGCUCGCUCCUGCCAUAAGAUGUGCAUCGACUCCCAGCGGCGUCAGAUCUACACGCUGGGCCGUUACCUGGACUCUAGCGUCAGGAACAGCAAGUCCCUGAAGAGCGACUUCUACCGCUAUGACAUCGACAUCAACACAUGGACGCUCCUCAGCGAGGAUACGGCGGCCGACGGGGGGCCCAAGCUGGUGUUUGACCAUCAGAUGUGCAUGGACUCGGAAAAGCACAUGAUCUACACGUUCGGGGGCCGGAUACUGACGUGCAACGGCAGCGUGGAGGACAGCCGCACGUCCGAGCCGCAGUUCAGCGGCCUGUACGCUUACCACUGCCAAGCGGCCACGUGGAGCCUCCUGCGGGAAGACUCGUGCAACGCUGGCCCGGAGGACGUCCAGUCACGUAUUGGACACUGCAUGCUCUUUCACACCAGAAACCGCUGUCUUUAUGUGUUUGGGGGUCAGCGAUCCAAGACCUACCUCAAUGAUUUCUUCAGCUAUGAUGUGGAUGGAGACCACGUGGAGAUCAUAUCUGAUGGCACCAAAAAGGACUCGGGCAUGGUGCCAAUGACGGGUUUUACCCAGAGAGCCACCAUUGACCCCGAGCUCAAUGAGAUUCACGUGCUGUCGGGCCUCAGCAAGGACAAAGACAAACGCGAGGAGAACGUCCGCAACUCCUUCUGGAUCUACGACAUCGCCCGCAACAACUGGUCCUGUGUGUACAAGAAUGACCAGGCGGUGAAGGAAAACCCCAGCAAGGUCCUGCAGGAGGAGGAGCCGUGCCCACGCUUUGCUCACCAGCUGGUCUACGACGAGAUGCACAAGGUGCAUUACUUGUUUGGCGGCAAUCCGGGCAAGUCUUGCUCUCCUAAAAUGCGCCUGGAUGACUUCUGGUCCCUGAAACUGUGUCGGCCCUCCAAGGAGUACCUGCUGCGCCACUGCAGAUAUCUCAUCAGGAAGUACAGGUUUGAAGAAAAAGCCCAAUCGGAGCCACUGAGUGCACUCAAAUACCUGCAGGAUGAUCUGUCGCUCACUGUGGACCACACAGACCCCGAGGAGACCAAGGAGUUCCAGCUCCUGCCCUCAGCUCUGUUCAAGUCCAGUAAUGACUUCAUCCCCCUGGGUUUCUCGGACGUGGACCAGACUUACGCCCAGCGCACGCAGCUCUUUGACACGCUCGUCAACUUCUUCCCCGACAGCAUGACGCCACCGAAGGGAAACCUGGUGGACCUCAUCACACUCUAGCCCCCCCGUCCCUCCGCCGCCUCGUGACACACUGCAGCCUCACCCGCUGGACUAAAAUGCAAAGACGCAGGAGGAAGAGGGGGUGAGAUACACCAGGUACUUCCCGUUUCUAAUAUCUAGUCCCUUCUUCCGUUUAAUGUCACAAUCUGCUGCUACCACCCUGAAGCUGAGACACGUCAAGCUGACACUGUAAUAUGAGAGUGGAAUCGUGUGAAUGUGUACCGACCAACUGCCAAGCUUGUGUUUUUGUCCCAUCUCUCUCCACAGUUAUUUGCAUCCACACUCCUAGCUAACCAUGUUCAAAUUGACUAGGUUUUGAGUUAAAAUCCACUUUAAAGUAGAAUAACCCUCAGUAGAGCACAGACACCCAGUAGUUUCUGUAAUCAGCAGCCUCCGCCUCCACUAUAACGAGGCAGUAGGUCAUUCUACGGUCGAGCGGAAUAUAGUUAUGCUCAUAAGUUUACAUACCCUGGCAGAAUUUGUAAGAUGUAGACCAUCCUUUACGAAAACAUGAAUGAUGACAUGAAUGAGAUGGUCAACAUCAGCCAAAUCUUCCCCCCAAAUUGCCAAUAUUUUACUAUUUCUUCUGCAAGGCUAAGUUAAAUUAUGAGAUCAACUGUAUAUUAAGACGAACACAAGUCAAUGUAAAAUCAAUAGGCCAAACUCAGUAACAUAAAUUAUAACGUGUAGUACACUGAGGAUAAUGUCUGAUAGCAGGACCGCGCCAAGUAAAUUCCACAUUUAUCAGAGGGCAGUAGAUGGCAGUGAAGAGACUACCACAUGAAAAUAUAUUCAUUCAAACCAUUCACAAGUCAACAAAUCCUGAGCCAAACUCAAUAACGUUUAUCAUGUUGUACAUUGAAAAUAAUGUCAGAUUGCUGGACUGGGCCAUUUUUUUAUUUUGGGAAAAGGUGAUGAUAAAAAAAGAUGACAAAAUCGGCGAAAAAAGGACACCUGAGCAAAAUAAAUAGAUAGCUUGGAUGUAAGCCUGAGAUUUAUGAUUAAGACUCAUUCUUCUGUAACUGUAAAUUUAAGAACCAUACCCCAGCUAAUUAGUUUUGAAUGAUCUUGAAUCGACUUAACAUGGGAAACUGUCAUUUAAUUCCACGACUGAAAAAAAUCUGCAAAAGUAUUUCCUCAAACCGGGGCAAGCGUUUAUUUGGGGUGAGGCCUUUAUUUGUACAAAUGCAAUUUUUGACUUUGAGUAAAUAAGGGUACAGUAGUAAAAUUACAUUACAUUUUAAUUCAUCAACAGCGUUCGAAAUGGGCUCAGUAUUGUUUAGUUUUUUUCCCCCCACGAUGGGCAAAAGGGAAGAAUUUAUUUGUCUUAAGGAUGACUGAGUCGAAUCAUUGGGGUGCGGCGUCUAUUAGAGAGACGGCCACCAUUUGAGGAAAUACGGUAACACAUACAGUAACCCCAUUUUGACUCUUGUUUAACAACAAAGCCACACUCUCUCAUAAGGGCUGCAUUGUGUUUGUGUGCAAGUGUGUUAGCAGUCAGCCACAGCGGCACAGUUUCCCCACUGUGUUCGCGUCCCCACUGAAGACAUGAAAAGAUGUCAUAAAAAGCAGAUAUGCAAUUUUUGUGAUAUCGCAUCACAGAAAAGCAUCGGCGACAUUAAUGGUAAUGUUAAUUGACUUGGGAAAAUUAAUGAUUCGGUUAGGGCAUUUGUUAAGCAAAGGUGGUGAACUUCAGGUUGAACUUAAUUUUUGAAUCAGAAAAAAAACCUAUUUUGGCAUUUACACCACCUUGUUUUAUCAAAUAAGCCCACUUUUCUGUCAUUCAUUCACAGUCUCUUAGUGUACUGAUGGUGCAAUCAAAAUUUGGAAGAAAAAAUAUUACAUAAAUGUUUGGCUGUCAUAUGCCUCAAAUCCCAUUCUAAUGUUAAUUUAAAGUGAAAGUUAAGAUUAAUGCCCUUUGUUUUUGUGUUUAAGAAUAAACCCUUAUCUGAAUUGUGGAGUGCAAAUAAAAGCUUUGUAUUAAUAGGAAGAAAACACAAACAUUGUUCAUUUUCCCAUUUUUUUUUUCUUUUCCUUGCUAAAAACACUUGAAUAGAAUUGUUUGGUGCUUUUGGGUUGCACUUGAGUUCAGAAGAUGCACAUUUUGGUUUUGGAGUUGAUCGCGUGCAUGUCCUGCAACAUGGAAGUGAAUUAUUAAAUGUAAAAAGGAAUAUUUGGGCUUUGCUGAAACGGGAAAAGAAAAUGCAGGAUCGAAGUCAGAAAAUUGACAAGUUUAGUCAUAUUGUUACGAGAACAAAAAAAACUAUGCUCAGAGUAAAACAUUUUUAAUGUUACAAGAAAAAACUCAUAUUACAAGAAUAAUUGUAAAUUUACAAUUAAAGAGACAAUGUUGCGAGAAAAAAGAUGUGAAAUUAUGAGUAAAACUUCAUCACAUUUACAAAAAUUGAAUCUUGUUCAGUUGUAGUGUUAUAGGAACAGAAUUUUAAUUGUAACAAGUUAGUUAAAAUUGCCGUACAUGUAUAAUAUCAUGUUUUUACGAAAUGGAUGCCAGUGUAACUUGAAGCUUCCCAUAAGUAUACAUUUAUGCUCAUCAAACUAACUUUACUGUCAUAAAACCUGACCUUUUUUUGUAAUGUGUAUGGCUUUUUUUUCAUAAAACUAAUUAGUUCUCAUGACUUCAUUUUUUUUUGUAAUUUGACCGUACUGAAUUCAGUUUCCAUUAGGACUCAAGCUUGUAAAUGAUCUUUUUACUUGUAAAAUUAAAUAUUUUCUUAUGAGGACUUUACUCUCGUAGGUGCCCAACCUUUUGGGCGUAAUGCGACUUUAUUUUUUAUAGUAUUCUAACCUCGUCUAAAAUAAUUUUUUUCUUGUGAUUGUACAACCUUACUGUCAUCAAAUUACAUUUUUCUUUCUUGCAUUUGCAACCUUUGUUGUAACUUUUUUCUAAAAUUAAAAAUUUCCCCCCACAUCUUAUGGCUUUAUUCUUGUAAAAAUAAAACGUUUUUCAUAAUGUGGCCUUAUGCUCAUAUUAACACUUAAUAUGAGCAUGAGAUUAAUAAAUGAUCAUUUUAAAAUCCAAAAAUUAACUUUUCUUCCAAAAAAUUCAGUUUUCUCAUAAAGUUAUGACCUUUCUUGAAAUACGAGGAGUUUUGUGAAACUUUUUUUUUUGUAAUGUUCCUCUUUAUUUUCAAAUAAUUCUGACUUAAUCAUGUAAAAUGUAACAUUUAUUGUCUUUUUUUUUCCCUCGUGAUUUUACAUCUUUGUUCUCAUCCAAUUAAUGUAGCCUACUACUUUUUUCUCACUUGAAGAAAAUUCUAGCAAAUUGGAGUUGUUGUCUCAGUAGUUUGACUGGUUUUCCCACAAAGAAAUCCUUGUAAAAUUGAGAAUUGUCAUUAAAAAUUCAAUUUUAUUCCAGGCAACUAGUAAUUCUAUGACUUACUGUCAUAGUAUAUUUCAGUGUGGCCCAUAUAGUCCUUUCUAGAAAUGGCAUUGAUGCGUACAGAAUGGCGUAUGUUUACUGUACUGAUGGUUUGUGGUCAUUAUUGCAAGUAAUGGGAGGUGGGGAUUCCACUAUGUGCUUCUUUUACAUUUACACUGGUCAUAUUUUGUGUUGAAUCAGGGUGUGUAUGUUGCUGUGUGUCUGAGAAGAGAGAGAAAAAAAAAGCCUGUCAAAAGAAUUAUUCAAAAAAAAUUGAAAAGCACCUUUUGUUUAAAAACAAUGCCAAAUAUUACUGUUUAAUUUCCUCCUCACUGUUCCAAUUAGUCUUCUCUCUCGAAUCCCGGGUGGAACCGUGACGGUCCGCGUGUGGUACUGUCCGAUCUGUGAGCACUUCUCUGUGGAAUGUGUAGAAAGCCUUGUAGUAUUGCAUUGUAUGUAAUGUAAAUAAUGAAUAAAGAUUGUAUUUUGUUCAGGUUUUCUUAUA